UUCGAUAAUUUUUUCAUGAUCCACAAUGUAAAUUUAUACGAUACAUUGUUGUACUUUUAAAGUUCGAGAAAUAUUAAAGAUAACGUGAAUAGAAUUUCAGUGUGCUAUAAAUCUGUGUCUAUAUUUUUUACGUGUUUAUAUUUUUUUCACGUAGAAUUUAGCCAAGUGUCAAAGUAGCUAAGGUAAGUUAUAUUUUUAUAUUCGCACGGCUCAAUGUUUAAAAUGCGUAUCGCGUUUUAAAAUUUUCAAAUUACAUAUCGUAAACUGAGAAAUUAAAGAUAGUGACGCGUGAUUGAUCGAUGCAUCGACAAUUUCUUAUCGAUUUGGUCAAUAGAAUAAAUUUGUUAACGAAGAGUGACAAGUGCAAACAACAUGUCAAUAAAUGACGACCUUUUUUUGUUUUUCGUAACGUUUCAACUAAGAAAAUUUACAUAUUAAUGGAUGUUCGUCUAAGAAAAUCAGUGCAAAUAAGGAAAGACCUGUCUGGAAGGAUAUUAUUCACGAUACGAUGGAUAAUUAGGGCGAGAAGCAGGAAUUUCUCUUGACAAUCUAGAUCAUCUCUAAGGGGUGAAACGAUAAUAGAUACAUCGAUUCAUUUUGUAAAAUCAACAGCUAUGUGCCUUCCUCCCCCUUCCUUCUCUUGCCCUUUCUUCAUAUCCCUAUAAAAUAAACCGCACUUGGCUUCAAUGGCACAUUCAACGUCUUUCCGUCUUCGCGUUAUCAUAUUUUCUUGCUCAUUGUUAUUUAAUUCUACGCGACUAGAAACACUUGGAUCCGAAUAUCUUCUUAGGAUCUACGGAACGCGAAAUGUUUGCUAUACAAACAAUCCGCAUAGCUGUACUGCUUGCCAUUGUUUUUCUGUUUGAUAAAUGUUCCGGUUAUCCAUCGAUAAAAUAUACACAAAAACAAGGAAUAACAUCUUGCAAUGGAUGUGGUGAUUCUUGCCACAAAUGCAAAUACGGUAUUGCGAUAUCGAGCGUUUGUGGCAUUGAGCAAUGCGCAAAGGGGCCCGAUGAAUUGUGCGGAGGACCGCAAAAUUUUCUUGGUAUUUGUGCCGAAGGUAUGCAAUGCAACUGUAAUAAAUGCAUCGGUUGCAGCGCAGAGAAAUUUGAAUGUUCCAAGACACCAAAUCCUUGUUUGCCUCACAGAAGCUCGGAAUUCCGCGAUGUCAAUAAAUUUAGAAAAUGGUCUUCUAUCGCGAUCAAUUGAAAUCGAUUUAUAAAUUUGACAGAUCGUAUCGUAAUCGAAGGAGGAUUAAACGACAGUUUUAUUUCGCCAUUAUUCUUAAAUUAUACGUAUAUAGAUUGAUCGAAUAUUGUAACGAUAAUCAUAAUGCACUAUCGAGCAAUGCUCAAUCUCCGACUAUCCAACUUAAUUGUAAUAAUAAUUUAAAAUGAAUCUACCGAAAAAUUAUUGGCAUUUGUACUUAAGUAUUUAUUUACUUACUUAUUUUAUACGCGAUCAUUAAGAGAGAGAGAAAGAGAGAGUGGGAAGAGAAAGAAAACAUUGAUAUAAGAGAUGAUGGUAAAGAGAAAAUAUGUAUAUAUGUAUGUGUACAUGAGUGGACGGAGGAAAAUAGAAGAAACGAUGAAACGAUCGAACGAGAGAACGAACGAUGGAAAAUGAGCGAGAAAAAUGGAAAAGAAGCGGGAAUUCAAAUAAUUUUCGAUUCAAUUAUUUUUAUUUUUUCUUUUUCCUUUUUUUUUUUGCGUCACGAGAAAUAACAAAAAUAAAAUAUUUGAAAAUUCUUUCGAUGUGGUUCAAUAAUAAUUUAGUUUGAAUUUACUUACAUACACAUACAUGCCCGUUUAUUACGUUAUUAAUAAUAAUGAAAAAAUAAAAAGAAAACGAUUCAACUGUCGUGAGUACUUCGAAAUAUGAAAUAAAAAAAAUGUGAGAGAGAGAGAGAGAGAGAGAGAGAGAGAGAGAGAGAGAGAGAGAGAGAGAGAGAAUGCGAAACGAAUCGAUGGAUAUCAUUAAAACGUUUAAUAAAUUAUUAAAUAUAAGUUUGAUUCUAACUUGAUUUCUAAUUUUCUACGGUACUUAAACGAUAAUAGAAAAAUUAUAUAUUAAACGUCAAUAUAUCAUUAAGGUAUGUAUAUGUUAUACAUUUCGUAAAUAAAAAUAAAACGAAAUGUCGAUCAAUCUCGUUAGUAAAUAUAUUCGAUAUUUUGUAAUUUCUCAAUAUCUCCCUUCUCAUUGUUCGUUGAUUUCAUUAAUUGUUUCUUUUUCAUGUCCCAUUUAUUUAUCAUGACUAUACGAUAAAGAUAGAGGGACAUCCUGCUUGAUUUGACAAAUAUAACGACUCGUCUCUUUCACAUAUACCGUAGAACAAAUCGCAUACAUAAAAUAUAAUGUCCAAAAACAGCACGGUAAGAAUUUUAGAAUUUGACGUAUGAGCAGUUUCGUCGUAAAAAGCAAAAACUUAUACAUACAUAUAAUAUAGUAUAUGUAUAUGUAUACACAUAACCAAUUUAUUUUUGCAUACCUCCAAG